UUUUUUCGCAGUCGCUUUCGAAUGAAUUUUUAAGUGAGACGAGUGUUGCGUGAUGGGAGAGGACGCGGAGGAAUUCAAGAAGCCCCAUCGUGCCCGGAGCGCAGGCAAAAAGGCGCAGAAGAAAAAGGAGAAAGGUCAAGACAAGAAAUCACUGAAGCAUGAUCCUACAACUGCCAAAGAGCGGAACCCGAAAGCAUUUUCCUUUCAGUCCUCAGUCAGCGCCGAACGCCAGUUCAGAAGGACUCAAGACUUGGACACAAAAAAGCAACAUGCCCCGCUGAUUGAUCGAACUCCUUUAGAACCUCCACCAAUUGUUGUGGCGAUUGUUGGACCACCGAAAGUCGGCAAAAGCACGCUUGCAAAGUGCUUAAUCAAGAACUUCACGAAGCAAAAUGUGACCUCAAUCAAGGGCCCCGUAACGCUGGUUUCAGGAAAGAAACGUCGUCUGACGAUUAUCGAAUGCAACAACGACAUCAAUUCCAUGAUCGACAUUGCUAAAAUUGCUGAUUUGGUUUUACUUCUUGUGGAUGCAUGGUUCGGAUUCGAGAUGGAAACUUUCGAGUUUCUGAAUAUUUGUCAGGUUCAUGGGUUUCCGAGAAUCAUGGGAGUUCUGACUCAUCUGGAUUAUUUCAAGCAGAAUAAACAGCUGAGAAAAACCAAGAAAACUUUGAAGCACAGAUUUUGGACUGAAGUUUAUGCUGGGGCGAAGCUUUUCUAUUUAUCUGGCAUGGUUCAUGGAGAAUACCAACGUAUGGAGGUCAAGAAUUUGGGUAGAUUCAUUUCUGUCAUGAAAUUUCGUCCGAUUUCGUGGAGAAAUCAACAUCCCUAUGUGUUGGCGGAUCGCAUGGAAGACAACACGGAAGUUGAACUCAUUCGAAAAAACCCGAAAUGUGACAGAAACGUUUGUUUUUAUGGCUAUCUCCGGGGGAUUCAUCUGAAACCAGACAUGGGUGUUCACAUACCUGGUGUCGGGGAUUUCAUCAUGGAUGAUGUUUCCAAACUUCCCGACCCAUGUGGUCUUCCAAACACGGGCGACAAGAAAAUGAAGCGGUCUCUCAAUGAGAGAGAAAAGCUAGUCUAUGCUCCCAUGUCGGGUAUGACAGGUGUUGUGUACGAUAAAGACGCUGUUUACGUCGAUUUGAAGAAAUCCGGAAACGCCGAAGCGACACAUUCAGAAGCAAAGUCUCUGGUUGAAACGAUGCAGGGGCAGAAGGAGACCUUGGAUACUAAACUGGAGGAAGCCACCAUGCGAAUCUUCUCGUCGGACGUGCCGCUCUUGUCAAACGAGGUCCAAUACGAAGAGGAAGACAGUUCUCCGAGUUCCGGAAUUUGUGAAGAAAUCAUCGCCGCGGACGAUGGGCGGCGAAGGCGGAAAGUCAUAUUUAAUGACGAAGACACCAACGGAGUCGCGGAAGCAGAAGAAUCAGACGACGAAGGUGAACUGGGCGGUCUGUUCCGCGUUUCCAAGCCGGGAAAAUUGAAAUUACCAAAAUCUGGACCCUGGGACGAAAUCGACUGUUCCGUGUAUACCCCCGCUGGUACGAAAGACGUUGUCAGUCGAGAUUGGUCCAACGAAGAAGUUCGCGAAUCGAUCAAAGAUUGCUUUGUGACCGGGCAAUGGAAAUCACACGAAGAUGCUCGAAGUCUGUUGAAAAUGGACGAUGACGAAGAGGUUUUUGGCGAUUUUGAAGAUCUGCAAACGGGAGAAGUCGUGAAAGCUGAAGACGAAGGCAUGCGAGUUGUGGAAGAUAAGCCUGAAAUGGAGAAAACCGCUGCGGAAAAACGUCUAGAAAAAAAGAGAAAACUGAAGGAGAUGUUUGACGCCGAGUACGACGAUAAAGAUCCUGCCGGGACUUAUUUCGACGACUUGAAAAAACAAAUGGAAAUGCAAGCCCAGAUGAAUCGAGCAGAAUUCGAAGGCAUGGACGAAAAUUUAAGACUUCAGUUCGAAGGAUAUCGUCCCGGUCUCUACAUUAGAAUUGAGUUGAAAGGAGUGCCUUGCGAAUUUGUGGAACAUUUUGAUCCCACAUAUCCUGUUGUAAUUGGUGGUCUCAUUUCUGGGGAGGAGAACACGGGAUACGUGAGAGUGAGAAUCAAGAAGCAUCGAUGGCACAAGAAGAUAUUGAAAUCCAGGGAUCCGUUGAUCAUAUCUCUCGGAUGGAGACGCUUUCAAACGAUGCCUAUAUUCUCAGCUCAGGAUGUAGGUCUGCGGAACAGGAUGCUGAAAUACACUCCUGAGCACGUUCACUGCUACGCACAUUUCUGGGGACCGGUUACACCUCAGAAUCAAGGAUUUCUUGCUUUUCAAUCGCUAGAAGGCCGCCAGGCACAUUUUCGGAUUGCUGCGACAGGAGCUGUGAUGGAUCUAGACAAAACUGCAGCUGUGGUCAAGAAGUUGAAGCUCGUCGGUACCCCGUUGAAGGUUUACAAGAAAACUGCUUUCAUCCGGGGAAUGUUCACCACGUGCUUAGAGGCAGCGAAAUUUGAAGGAGCUGCGAUUAAGUCCGUGUCUGGCAUCCGAGACAUAGUAUUCGUGAGAACCUGGUACGAAGUGACAGUUCCGAAAUUCUACGCCCCGCUUCAAACGCUUUGUUUGGCACCCAGCGAAAGGACCAAGUGGCAAGGAAUGCGAACUGUUCGGGAAAUCAAACGCGAAAGAGGCAUCAAAGCUGAACCAAAUCCUGACAACUUAUACACGCCUAUUGAAAGAACGCUCAAGCAAUUGCCUCGCUGGACGAUCCCGAAAUCGCUUCAACGACAAGUCCCGUAUAAGGACAAACCGAAAUAUGCCCCGAGUAACCCGGGGAUUCCAGUCGAGAAAAAGAGAAUCGCUGUGAUACGUGAACCUGAAGAAGAGAAGGCAAAUGAAUUGAUCAGAUCGCUGAAGAUGAUGCGGCGAGAAAAGCAGUUCACCGAAAAGGAAAAAGCUAAAACGAAGCGACGCGAAUAUAGGAAACAACUUCAGAAGGCAGAAGUGAAGCAAAUACAGCGGGUGAAAAAUCUGAAGAAACGAAUAUUCAAGGAAGUCAGUCGUAUGAACAAGAAGCCGACAUGA